AUGGAAGUGAGCAGCAAUGGCAGCAACGGCAGCAGCAGCAGCAGCAGCAUUAAGCCCCUGGCCAACCCCUUUGUGAAUAGCAAGUUGUUGUCGUCCUUCCGAGCCUCUCUCCAGAAGAGGCCCCCCCCGGACACCAGCAGCACUGAGGGGUCCCCCAAGCCCAACAUCUUCGCCACCCUGUGGCGACCCAACCUCACCAACACCGAUGACUUCAUCCCCCUCUACAGCGACUGUAUUGCAAAGGCUUGCUCCAGGACCCAGGAGUACCUGCUCUUCAAAGACCCAGAGGACAAGUUCCACCCCACUCCCGAGGUGCUCACUCAGAUCUUCCUCAUGACCUACAUCGGUCAGAGCCUCAGCCUGAACAUGACGGACCAUUUCAACUGCACCGUGAUGACCCCUGAGCAGCGCAUCCUGCUGGGGGCCGACUGGGUGUGGGCCGUCCUGGAGAGGCCCACCAAGAACCCUCGCAUUCAGAUCGCCGUCAGGGUGCUGCACCUGCCCGACAGGGAGGGCAUCGCGGAGGAUUACCCUCCAGAGGGGCGCACCGAGUCCCUGCAGAUGGCCCAGCAGGAGUCCAGCAACAAGACGGUGUGCGAGAGGAUGGUGGACUUCUGCGCGUCCAUCGGUAAGGACUGCUACGCGCUCUUCCUGUUCAUGGGACGGAAGAACGACACGGGGAAGAUCUACGGCGUGCUCAGCAACAACUUCCAGGCCGCCGUCGGGAAGGUUGAUAAGAUCGACCGGGAUCUGAUUGAGAACUUCUUUAAAGGCUCCCGGUACCUACACACCCCCACGGGGAUGUUGCAGACCAUUACCACCAAGAAGGACGAGGAGCCGCUCACGGUGCUCAUCAAAUUCAACUGAGCAGCUGUGGAAAGUUCUGUCAUAGCCGUGUUCAAAUGAGGGGGACAUGAUCGCAGAGAGGUGGUUCAAAACUCUGACCAUCAUUGGAAUUAGCGUUACAUGAAGUUAAGUUGCAACACCUUUCCUAAGUUAAAUUGGCUACUAUACCACUGCAGCACACAUUUUUUUGGAAUAGCCUAUAAUUGCCAUUUUCAUUCUUCCUAGAUACCAAUGUGCCUAUUGUUUGCAUAAAUAAAUAUAUAAAUGAAUGUAAACAUUGAAAGAGAUAUUAAGGGUUAUUAACAUGUUUGACUAUAAAUGUUUUUUGUCUUUAAUUAUGUCCCUUCUAUCUUGUGUCUUCUAUCUACAUCAUAAUUUAAAGGUAGUCCUUCCAUAAAUAUGUCUAAUAAGUACUUUUACUAAUGUUUAAAAUGUAUAGGCAAGGUGACGGGGUUCAUGCUUUAGACCACAGAUUGAAUUGAAAAUUGAAAUCAUUAAUAAAAUGAAUGAAAUCCCAAGAACGGUUAAACUAGGCUGCAGAAACUUGCUUUCUCAAAACGUUGAGAUGGAUUUAUUGUAUAUUUAUUAUUACGCUUUUCCCUGAUCAAAGAUUGUUUUGGUUUGAAACAACCGGAUACUUGGAUGUUUCAAUAGCAUGCUCUAUUUUAAAGUUACAUGGGACAACGCUUAUA